AUGCGGAAGCUUUCGCGCACGGUCUACCUGCUCAACGAGGUGGCCGCGGUGGAUGUGAGUGGACACAACAGGUCUGAUCCGGCUGAGCACCUGGAAGGAGCGGAGCGUGACGACACUGGCACAGUCGCUAAUCGUGCUCCCGCUCCGUCAGCGAAUGUUGGCACGGAUGAAGAAGGUGAAUCGGCGCCCACCUCGGCUACACCCGACGGCAAGAUGAAGUCCGAUGGCUUUCUGGAAACCAAGAAGGUGGAGAAGAAGUAUCGGCUGCGCGGCGCAUUAUGCCCCGCUCAGGAGGAGUGACGAUCUCAACUGUGAGCACAACAAUAUCUGUGGAAUUUUUGUUUUUUCAUUUUGUAGCACAAUGCGACUUGUUGCUUGUUCCGCGGUAAUAUCCUGGACGGAGGAAGUUUAUCCUGAGUAGUGGCGGAGUCUGGAUCCAUGCACGUAAAAUAACUCCUGAUGAGGACAGGCGAGACGAAAACAGUACUACUAGGUAAAGCAGAGGCAUCAAGGGUCAGUCGCGUUGUCUUCUACGAUUUCAAAAAAAAAAGAAUGGACCUGUCAGCCGAAUUUUUGCCACAGUUGCGCUCGUCACAUGCUUGCAAGGCAUCCGAGGUCAAGAGCUGCUUGGACUGCUCUGCAGGCUCGGCGGGGGGCUCCAGCUCCAGCAGCGCCAAUAUCCACCACGCUACAAACGUGAGGUCACAACUAGUCUGGUGAACCCCCAAACGCCGCGGCACUGUGAUGUAAUAUGGACCAGGAUCUAGAAAACAGGAAUCGGAGUUUACUUUGCAUUUCCAAUCAAGAAAAGAUACAACUCAAGAACGUUGGCUCUUGCCUUUGCAUCAUGGCGGCCGCACCGGAAAAAUCAAAAGUGUAUAUUUGGAUAUAUGUAGAAGCUGCGCUAUGAAAUCUGAGUGAAAAGGGCAAAAAGUAAUAAAUCGAAAGCACCACCCGCGCCCGCCACUUCUGAUGUCGUGGUGCAGCAAUGACAGUGAGACAGAAGGUGCGCGCGUGGCAGCUUGUGACUAGGACGCGUUUGGCACUGCUUGAUAGAUGGCCAGUCCACUGUGCCUAAACCACGAUCUAGUGACACUCCUUCACCAGCUCGCGACGGUAUCCUACGCACAAUUGCCAUCUUCAUCAUGAUGAUCAUUUUGUAUAAUGCGCGACCACGUCGUGGUGUCGAUGUCGUGCGUGCUGCUGGCGUCCUCCGUGGCGUUGACCAAAAGCGACAUCGAAACUACCGUAGAGAUGCUACUUUUUAUCAAGAAUUCGGACUUACUUCAUCUCUUUCAGAUUGCUUUAUGAUGAGGGUUUCCACUUUGCGUAGUAUAGCAGAUGACCCGCAUCUGAGUCGGCUUUCUGCAGAACGCGCCGAAGCAGAAGCAGAAAGAGCACGAUUGUCUGAAACGUUGGCCAACGCAUCAAAUGUAGACGAGGAAGCGCGGCUGAAAGUUGAGGAGGCGGAAGGUGUGCAGCUGAAGCGGUGGAAGGAAUACGUACAACCGGAACACGUGUCAGCUUUAGUCGGGCCGCAUUACGUUUACGUCACUAUGGAGAUACUUUGCACUGUUUCUUAUUUGCAUAUGUGAAGCCGCGCCGUCGUCUUUGCAGGUGCUACUGACAAGAUGCCAGUGUUGAUUUUCUGCGACAGGACAGUGACAGCACGACGUAGAUGCGAGUGAGUGAGGGGAGGAGCGCACAAUUGCAGGCAGUCGGAUGGCGAGGCUUUUCUACAUAUUUCAAACUGCUGUGACUCGCCGUAUGUCUAUGCACUCAAGUACAUCUACAUGCACUACAAGCACAGCUAGAUCUACCUCUACACCACACCAAAGCCAUCGGCUUGCACUCCAGGAGGUCUAAAAAAAAAAUUGGCUUCCCAGGACGAAACAGAUAGCCAAAACCAAAAGCGGGAUUUUUGUUGUCUUACAAUCAAGCGAGGGGCCUUGCCGUGGGAAUCCGAAAAUUGAUGAGCGCGACUUUUUUGCCCGACAAAGGCGCGACUUUUGUCCUGUCAGCCUGGCGGCCACAACGCAUCGGGGUGGCAAGUUUGGGCUUUAGAGCCUGCUGCUCGUAGCGCGCGCCCCUGACGCAUCCUUACCUGCCAUGAUGGCACCGGCGGAAAAAUGCAGAAUCAGGCAAACAAGAAAACAGCACACGAGAUCAAGGGCAGAAUAAUUUUUGGGGCAAUGCUCAGUAGGUGUGAGUCGCUACCCUUGUUGUGCACGAUUCUGAAGGGGCCCGUCCGUAUUGCUUCUCGGGCGGCGUAGAUAGCCGUGUAGUGGUUGCUGAUUCCCAUGUCCACGCUCUCGUGCGGUCUCGUCCGUAUUGGUGGUUUCCACUGCCCGCUGAGGUUGCGCUUAGCUCUAGCUGUGACCCAGUGGCACGACUGGUCGAUCGAAGUGAUAAGUAACUUACGCUGGCACCUUUUUUCGUAAGGGUCAAUGCGUCUACAAGGCGGACACUUUUGAAAUCCAUAGCAAGACGAAGAAGAAAAAGCGUAUCAACUUCAGCAUGGAAGAGUCAGCGAAUUCUCUGCUUCCCCAGAAGCACUGUUGUAUGCGGCGAAGGAGCUGCAUUACGGAGAGUACGCCGAUUUGAAGCUCCUGAAGCAGGCCAAGGCUGGAAUCACGGAGGGUGAUCCGAAAGAAGUCCAAAAAGACAAGUGGAAUCGCCUGGAGGAGGAGCUCCGUCGGAAGGCCUUCGAGUUGAAGACUGAGCAUCUGCAACCUGUGAAAGAUAUCCAGACACGAAGAGCCGGACACUUUUAUGCCACCGACGGCUUGCCCAAGAGCUGUUUCUUUUUAUGGGCCCAUCGAUUAGCCAUUAUGCACGUCCUAUUUACUGGCGCGCUCGAGUAAUCUGCUGGCUUACCCAGCAAGCGAACGCGUUUUCCCUUUUGUUGACGCGCGCAGGGUCAGCGGAAGCUGUCUCAGGGGCGACUUAGUUAAGUUUGAUGCGACGCGCCAAUUCGUAAGGGCGCCGGGCUGCAAACGCGCGAUUGAAAAAGAAAAGCGCUUUCGCUUCAAGCAAAGCCUCAGCAUGUUGUAUUUUGGAAACGAAGCUUCAGCGGAUGGCGGGUUAGAAAAGUGGGCCAGCUCUUCAUGAUGAUACGACAAAAAAGGGACAAGGCCAGGCUGGACCUUGAAGAAGCUACCACAGUCUCACCAUGCGUGCCCAUAUUCUCGUUGAACAGGGCGGAGGCGAACCCCGGACACGUGUCCUGGGUUCCCCUUCCAGCGACAUGUCCUUUUGUUGACCUUUCGAUCAUAAGCACGCUACAUAAGCAACAUAUAAAUUGA